GUACAAUAUCCACAUAAAAUGCGUUUUGAUAAAUCAUUUAAAACGGAGGACACAAAAUAUGACGAGGAUUCCUCACCAAGUGGUUGAUAUUAAGAUUAUUGAGAAGCGUUACUUGAGAAAUAGUCUAUAGACUAACAUUUGGUUUCUAAUAUGACGGAGCCGGUAGAAAAGAGCAAAACGCUUCAUAAAGCCAUCGCUUCUAAAAACUGGUCAACAGUACGUCGACUUGCCGAAUCGCUAAAUAUAAAAUAUGAGUUUGGUGGUAUCAGUCUGAACCAAGGCAUUCCAAGAGAUUUGGUAACAGAUAUUGUAAGAAAAAUCUCAACGUCGGCCAUUGAUGCUCAAGAUGACUAUGGGUCAACGGCAUUGUACAGAAGUGCAUUCGAUGGUCAUACUGAUGUUUGCAAAAUUCUAAUUGAAUCAGGAGCAAACAAGGAUAUUCAAAAUGUAGAUGGGGCAACGGCAUUGUACGUAAGUGCUCAAAAUGGUCAUACAGAUGCUUGUGGACUCCUUAUUCAAUCAGGAGCCAACAAGGAUAUUCAAAGGAAGGAUGGGUAUACGGCUUUGCAUGUAGGUGCUUCCAAUGGUCAUACUGAUAUUUGUAGGCUUCUCAUUCAAUCAGGAGCAAACAAAAAUAUUCAAACAGUAGAUGGGGCAACGGCAUUGUACGUAAGUGCUCAAAAUGGUCAUACAUAUGCUUGUGGACUCCUUAUUCAAUCAGGAGCGAACAAGGAUAUUCAAAGGAAGGAUGGGGCAACGGCAUUGUACGUAAGUGUUCAAAAUGGUCAUACAGAUGCUUGUGGACUCCUUAUUCAAUCAGGAGCCAACAAGGAUAUUCAAACGAAGGUUGGGUAUACGGCUUUGCAUGUAGGUGCUUUCACUGGUCAUACUGAUAUUUGUAGGCUUCUCAUUCAAUCAGGAGCAAACAAAGAUAUUCAGGCAGAAGAUGGGGUGACGGCAUUGUACUUAAGUGCUCUAAAAUGUCAUAAAGAUGCUUGUGAACUUCUUAUUCAAUCAGGAGCCAACAAGGAUAUUCAGGCAGAUAAUGGGGUAACAGCAUUGUACGCAAGUGCUCAAGAUGGUCAUACUGAUAUUUGUAGGCUUCUCAUUCAGUCAGGAGCCAACAAGGAUAUUCAGGUGGAAGAUUGGGCAACAGCAUUGCACAUAAGUGCUUUCAAUGGACAUACUGAUAUUUGUAGACUUCUCAUUCAAUCUGGAGCCAACAAGGAUAUUCAAAAGAAAGAUGGGGUAACAGCAUUGUACGCAAGUGCUCAAGAAGGUCAUACUGAUAUUUGUAGGCUUCUCAUUCAAUCAGGAGCCAACAAGGAUAUUCAGGUGGAAAAUGGUGCAACAGCAUUGUACGCAAGUGCUUUCAAAGGACAUACUGAUAUUUGUAGACUUCUCAUUCAAUCAGGAGCCAACAAGGAUAUUCAAAAUGAAGAUCCAUAA